AUGGACUCUGACGACAUAAUUUACGACUCUGAUGAAACACUUACCGUCUCGUCUCCAACUGACAGUACCGGAAGUUUGGCCGAGUUCGUCGAUGAUGCAGACUUAGAAUCUAGUGAAGAGUAUAGUCAAACCCCACAAACGAGAGAGGAAGAGUACUUGGAGAUAUUGGAAUACAUUAUUGCAGCGUUGGGGGAUCUACGUCUCAUGUUGAAGGAUGACUCUAGGGCACGAAAGUCUACCUUCCAUGUCCAAAGCUCUGCAGAUGAAAGGGAGGGACCCUCAGAAAAAGCAUAG